GCCACGGUAUCCUUCCCGGCAUUUAGCACUCGGACUGAGUGCCAGCAGUUACACUUGAGUUUCAAGAAAGAUAAGACUAUUAUGAGUUGACCCUAAGAGACAUGACUUCCAAACCUGCUGCAGCAUUGACAAGUGUGAUCAUCUUUAGCAAUGAUGCAACGGAGCUGACUUUCUCUGAUGGUACAAAACUGGAGCUGUCUCCAUGCGGUGCAAGUUUCGUGUGCCAACGACCUACUGGUAGAGGGCAGCAUGCCCUUGGUGGAGAAAAAAGAAUUCAGCAAAGGACAGAGUUUGCCACAAACGAGUUUAAAGAUAAAGUCCGUCAAGCUCUCGAAUGCCGGAACCGCUUUGCUGAACAUCCAUAUCUUUGUCAUCUCUUUUUGUGUGAUGAAACAAUACUGCAACUUUUUGCAGAUAUCAAGGCUGUCAAGUGGCCAAAACAUGCAAAAAACCUUCCAUGGAAAACACAAGCAAAUGGUUCUGUUAAAGUGACAUCCAUUGAUGAGUGUGCCUCCUUGUUCCUCUCAGCAAAUAAACAAGAGUUCACUGUAGAGUUCCUCUGUAAGUUGAGUCAAAAGGAACUUCCGAAGAGGCCAGUGAAAAGGCAGGCAAAGUUCAUUCAAGGACAGUCUGUGAGGAUUCCACAAGAUGACGAAAGACCAACAACUGAGAUGGACUUGGCUUCAAAUAUUGAAAGAGUAGUGUAUGGGGGCUCAUCAGAGCAGUUCUCCCAAACUGUCUGUGUACAGGACAGCCCUUACAUGGAGACUCUAGUCAAAGAGAAAGAGUCACCUAGGAAAUCUAAAUGCUUCAGAUAUUGCAGUCAGGUGUCAUCUGAUGGCUAUGAUGAAAAUGAUACAGGUUCCUGUAGUAAGAUGGAAUGUCCUCAAGGCGUAAAAGGUCAAAGCCCAGCAAUUGAAAAGUUUAUUGCCAUCAAGCAUGGUUACACAUGGGUUGUACAGCACCACGCAGUUGAACACUGUCCAGAGUGCUGGAGACACCCAUUGCAUUUGGCUUUGAAUUUUGUCCCAGAAGAGAACUCUGGGACCCCUCCAGAAAAGAAAGGGUUAAAAGUGUCAUUUGAAGCUGAUGUUGGCUCCUCAGAUAAACACCCUGCAGAAAGGAGAGUUGUGAGAGAUGUUAACAUUGGAAAGAAGAAAGACAAAAAGAUCCUCCAGGGGCCAACUUCUCCGGGAGAACCCUUGAUGGAUGCUGAACUUGUCACAUCACCUCUCCCUGAUCCACUACCACUCUCAUGUGGGGCCAGCCACCUCCAUAAGUGGAGGAAAGAUGCAAGUGCUAGAGGAGUGGAUCUCAGAGAGGAAGACAUUCCUGCUGGCAAGAGUAUCAAAGUUUGGUUUUCUAAUGGACACAUUUUCAGGCUGUCCAGGACCCCUCAUCCAUCCGUCCAAAUCUACCCGGGGGAUGGCACUGUCAUCAAGUCAACAGGUGGAAAAGGCGGGUUCUUCACACAUAUUAUCCCACAAGGUGGAAGUCUUGAUGAAAGAAUGUUGUGUGUAAGGAAUCCACCACCAGAUUGUCCAAGAGCUAAGUACUCCAUUGCUGGAGUCUUAAGAAAAGCCUCAAGGCUCUUGCAGAAUACAAUGCAGGCAGAACUGGGUUUGAUAUCUGGAGAAGAAAAUUGCUGUUGGAAGGCAAACUCUGGCUGGCUGCUUAAAAGUCCAAAUACCACGGUGGUCCUUGAGGAGAGCAAGAUUGAAGGUCUUGGCCAGUUUAUCGCUUUCUCAAAUGGAAAGGUCCGAGUGGUGUUCAGUGACCGCACCACCCUUGACAUGGAAUGGGACUUCAGAAAUCGAGUUGAUGGAAAUGGCGAACAUCAGAACAAGCGGAAUGUGCAAAAUCAUCCAGUGGCUCCAGCUCCCAGAAUAAGGAAGUCGUGUUUUGAGUCCAUUCUUCAGAAGGGUUGCUGUCAGCUUCUCUUACCAAACGGUGACUAUAAACUAGUCUGUCUUGACAAUCCACAAGAAUAUGAAAGGCAUGUAAAGGCUGCAGUGGAGUGGGCGUCCUGGGUGGCAAGCUCUCCCGAAGAAAGAGUCGCAUUCUACGCAAUUAAUGAGUCCUCUCUAUCCCAGCAUGAUUGGGCUGUCCAGAAAGAGCUGCAGAAAAUAAAAUGCUUUGGGUAUAUCCUUGAUAUUGCUCUUUUACCUGAUGCGGAUCGAAAACUUGGCGAUAUGGGUGACAUUAGCCGGACGGACGGUCCUCUUUCCAGGGAUGUCUUAAGCAGGAGUGUGCCGCCAACUGAUGAACCGGAUGACCUUACCUUAGCGGACACAGCCCCCGACUUUGUUGUAGACGCACUCCGAAGGACCAGUCACACAAUCCAGAACAUCGAUUCCUUGCUGGAUAAGUUUUGAGGACUGAUUGAGAAUGGAGCUGGUGAGAUCUCAGUAAAAUGACGGUUCCAUACACUUCAUUGGCAUAGAGCAUUGUAAGCCCAAAAGUGACUAAGCCUCUCUUCCGGAUGUAAGCAGCCAUACAGCUACAAGUACAUGUAACGUUUGCCUAUAAAAAGGGUAGUCACUGGAGUCCACACGUGUGUUAUUUCCCGCAGCCUGAAGCCAUUUGACAUAGUCGAAGGGAGCUGUUCAAAGUUUGAUACGGCCAAGCGGAAGAAGUUGUGUUCUGAUUAACAUGCACAAUGUACCCACCAGCUGGAAACGUCAUAGGCCUACGUGCAGGGCCAAAUUUAUCACUUCCAUAAGAGAAUGGAAUUUAAUUCUAACUUAGAAAUGGUUUUCAAUGAGUGACUGUGUUCUAAACGGACUAAUCUGGAACAAUUUCAAAGGGAAUAUACCUAGGGGCGUAACGAAGGCAUUUCGGGGGGGGGGUGUACCAGAGUCAGUUUGCCGACUUGUAACUUGUUUGUCAGCCUCGUGUCUUGUAGCCAACGUUAUGGUUUUGGAUUCACUUGCCGCCCAAAGCUCUAUUUGCCGAAUAGAAUUGAUGGGGGGGGGUUGCUGCACCCCCGAAUGUACCCUGGUAUCAUUAAAGUAUGCAAUCUGCAUGACCUAAGUACAUGUAGGGUUUAUAGUCAAUACCCCAUAGAAAAGGAAUCGCUGCCAUGACUGCUGUGUAGCCUACUUGCAAACUUUUGGAUACUGAUAUGUAUUGUUUUUUCGGAGCCAUCCAAAAUUGAAACAUUCGGAAUCUUACACGAUGUUGUGAUUGCUGGCCUCCGUGCGUCAUAAAAUAGAAACCAUUCUCUGAGCUUCAAAGGCUGUACUAAUUUAAGAAACGUAGUGACGCGUUCAUGUGAAAUGUGAACUACUUGCACUUUCUCCGUUUACUGGCAAGUCUGCCUGUGAAACAUGCGUGUGAUUUGUCAUUUUUCGUAUGGAUUUCACACACCAAUAUAAUGCCCUAGUCCAAGACAUGCCGAACAUUACUUUCAUGGAUGUGUUUGAAGCACAUAAUUGCAGCAGUGCACCCACACUAAGUUGCGCUCCUCUGGUGCGCAGAUGCCGCAUGUUUGGGUAUAUUGCCUUUAAAAUCAUUGGUUGCUCUGCGUGCGUGCUAUUAGUACACGCGUUUGAGUAUGUCCGUACGCGCGUGUAAAUGAAUGCACACGCAUGGUAUGCCAAUCACUGCGUCAGGUGAGGCCACGUCCAAAGAGACAUUCGAGAGCCACGGCUGUGUUUGUUGAAUUUCAUCAUCUGGGCUAGACCUAGUUCUUGUCAGGACGCGGUCCGAGUGAGCCAGUCUCAUAUCCCACUUGGAGUGUAUCGCAUUUUCUUUAAGUUUAGGCAGUAGAUUGAAGUCAAUUUCAUUUUGUAAAAAUUUUGCAUGUCGAACGUUUUUAAUUGUCUCUACAAAAACUGCGCGUUGAUUGCCCACCUGUUGUAUUCAGUGUAGCUCUAGGGCCAUGAUAACUUACCAGGAACCGGUAGUUGUAAAUCCCCCUGACAUAAUCGUCAGCAGCAUUGUAAUAACUAUAUUCCACUUAUCGAUGAAAGCCAACGCCCCGGGUCAUACGAGGCGUUACAACGUGACUAUUGAAUCCAUUCGUCUUGAAAUAUUGAAGUUCGAGUUGGUUGAUUAACCUUGUAUGCAUGGACCGUGGGCUGAUUAGCUGCCUUAGGGGGUCGAUUCCCAAACUAUGUAGUCAACACCUUGCGUAGAUACCAAUUUGUGAAUGCAUUGGGUCACAGAACUUCAUGUCGCGGUUGACAAAUUGAAGGAAAGGUGGCCAUCAUCAGAUCAAAUUAAAGGGAAAUGUGGACAACUGUAGGCUCGGCAUCCCUUUUAACGGUCCUUAUAGGCUUAAGAAUCUUUCAAUAAAAUAAAUCAGAAUGCGUCAAACUUGA